GUUUCGCUUCUAUAGAUAUUCUUCUUUAGCUCUCUCGGCUGGCUGCCAUUAGAAAAAAAACAGUUGUUCUUUAAAAUCGAGUGAGUGCAGAUUAGUCACUUGUUAUUUGUUAGGCAUUAAAGGGCCUAUGGUCAUUUACAAAAACAUAAUGUGUUAAUUAUGCUGGAAAAAAGUAUUAAACAAAAUUAAUCCUAUAAAAUUAACCCCUCCACAAGUUUUCAAUACAUUACGGGCCCGAAAAACAAAGCAACAGUUUGUUAUUAGACUUUUGAUUAAUAACAGCUGUUAACGAGAAAACAAUAACAAGAAAACAACUACACCAGAAAACAAAAACACACUCUAAAGAAAAAGAAACUCCAAGAAUACACUGUAACACUUCCUACGAAAACUUCCUCUCUCUACGUCUGUCGGUCUGUUUGUCGCUCUCCACGCUAACACCACACGUUUUUAUUACGACAAUAACAUUUAACAGGAAAACAACAGCAACAACGACAGCAACAACAAAACAUGGUGGCUUCGGGUGGUUUUAAACAACAAUUGCGUACAAAUCGCUGUUAUGUUUCGUUAGCCUGCUCGAUUGGUUCUAUAAGUUUGGCCCUGGGCAGCCUUUUUCAAAUACCCAAUACCACGGAUCGUAUAUCUAUGCAACGUGGUUUAUUCUUAACCUCCUUGGGUUUCAUCUAUUUCAUUUCAUUGACGGAUUUUUGUAAUAAAUAUUUGUUGGAGACAAAACAUGGCAUUAAAUUUCGCAAGAAAUAUCGUCUAAUGAUGUCGGAUGUUAUGGAUAUGACUAAUAAAAUUGUCUCCGCCAUACAGGCUUCAUUCUCAUUCCUCGUUGGUUUGAUUGUUUGCAAAUCAACAUGCAGUAAAACAUUCGUUUAUGCUUCCCACUGCCUAAUGGAGGGCUAUGGUUGGUUUGGUACCGCUUACUUUAUGUACGAUAUCUGGUCUAUGUAUCAGGUGCAUACACAAAAGAUAGCCGAUAAAUUAAAGUUAAUGAAGUUAACUUCGUCCGCCUCGUUUACUCCCAAACCUUUAAAUGGUCAAAGUAGUAAUGGUGGUCUUUAUGAUAAACAUAUAGCCAGUACCUUUAAUGCUAAGGGCCAGCGUUUAGUGGCUUUGGAAGAUGAUUUUGCUAAUGACACCAAUGAAGAUAUGCAACACAUGAGACAUCAUGAAGAUGAAAUCUAUGAUUAUGAUGGCGAGACAGUGCAAAUACCACAAAAUGGUAAAUGGGGUUUCCUUAAGUAUGUCUUUACACAUCCAGUCAUGAUGAUACAUCACAUUUUUGUCGGUACUGUAGGAUUUUUGGUGGUUACUUAUAUACGCGGUGGUGGUCAUUGCAUUUAUAGCUAUAUGUUUAUGAUGGAAUUCUCCACUCCAUUCGUUUCGUUGCGCAGUAUUUUAAGCACUUUAGGCAUGAAAGAAUCCCAACCUUAUAUUGUUAAUGGUUUGGUUAUGUUGGGCUCAUUCUUUGUGUGUCGUGUUUUAAUGUGGCCUUAUGUUAUGUGGCGCUAUAGUUUGGAAAUAAAUGCCACUAUAUGGCAGGCCAUUUCGGGUCUACCCAUCGGUUGUAUUAUUGGCAUUUUAAUAUUAUUUUUACCACAAAUCUAUUGGUUCUUUUUGCUGAUUAAAGGAGCUAUUAAGGUCUUCUUCCCGCCCUCUAAAACAACGAACAAAUCUCUAGCUGAGGAGCAAGUCUCUAAAACCACAAAUGGCAGUUUGAAGUCCAACAACUGCAACUCCUUAACGAAUGGCUCUUUAAAAGCAAACACAACAACAACAAAUGGAAAUGGUACUUUACCAUCUUUAGUAAACAAAGCAAAACCCUCCUAAAUGUAUAAACUAAUUAAUAUUGUUAAAAACAAAUUAAUUUAAAUAAUUGUUUUGAGAAAAAAAUGCUAAAGUAAAAACUAAAAAAAUAAUAUUUAAUAACAAAUUUAAACUGUUAAAAUGUAAUACAGAAAAAAAAGAAAACUAACUAUAAAUUUAGUCAUUUAGUUAAAUGAAAACAUACACACACACAUACAUUGAAAAAGAUAAUCAUUACACACACACACAAACUAAACCUAACUAAAACUAAACUUUUAAUUUAGAACUUUUUAUUAACUCAUUUAUAGUUGAGUUUUAAUAUUUUUAACAUAAUGAUUUUGUUGAUUUUUGUUUUAAAUUUAUUUUUGAAAGGCAUUUAGCAAAAUGUAACAUUUUUGGAUUUAUUUUUAAGUGUUUAUAUAUAGGGCAUUAAAAAAGACGUCUUCUACCUUUUUUGAUGAACAUUUAUUUAAUUGAAAUACAAGCGUAAAAUUUAAUAAUCAAAAUUUAAACAAUAAUAAAAACGAGCUUAUGCUUAAAUUGUUAAAUGUUCUUAAAAUAGCAAAAAAGAACUUCUACUACUAAUAACUGUUGAAAACUAACUAGAAAAAAAUUAUUAUUAGAAAAAAAUGUUUUGAAAUUAAAACAAAAUUGUGGUAAAACCUUAAACACAUUCAUU